AUGCCUAAUAAUAAUUCUAAAAUAAGAGUAAAGAAAGAUCAAAAAUGGAAAUCAAUAUCUCCAGUAUCAAAUGUGUCUUUUAAAGAAGAAGAGACGAUAACGAAACACGCCACUUGUUCACGACAAGAUGUGAUAAGGAGACAGAAUAAACUUACGACAUUUAUACCCAGAAGAAAGACGAUGAUCAAACAAUAUCAUCAUCUUUUAACUUUACAUGGAUUAGAUCAUGAUGCUCUUUAUCGUCGUCUCAUUUAUGAAGAUUCCAAAUUAGAUCAAGAAGUAACUCAUCUUCGUUGGAUCUAUGGCUUUCGUUUUUGUGCCUAUUUUAUCUUGAAGGGGAAUCGUAAAGUGGCUAGAAAUCAGAUAUUAAUAGGCAAUGAUCAUCAUAAUGGACACACACAAAAAGUUAUAAACUUAAACCAAUUUCCAGGCUUAAGCAGUUAUCUUUUAUCAAAAGAAAUAAUCGAUAGUCAUCUCUUGGAGUCUCCCCUUGACGAAAACGCAAUUCAAUAUUUUAACAAUCACAAGAUACAUCAACGACAAAUAUCCCCAUUUUUAUAUGCAUUCUGUGCCUUUUUAUAUUCAUUUUUGCCCAAUGAAAAACAAAAAUAUAAAAUUAACUUAGAUCCUAAUCGCUUUAAAAUCUUUUCUUCAAGAGAUUCUCUUACUGAUAAUGAUAUGACGAUAAAAGUGGAAUCAGAAGAAGACAAAAUACAUACAGAAUUUAGACUGUCAUCACCCUUUGUUGAAUAA